AUGGGCUUGCAGCUGCAGACUAUUCUCAACGCUGAAGAUUCACCUUCUCGCAACUCUGUGCCGGACACGCCCUCCUCGGCUCGGUAUCCAUCCGGACUGUCUGCAACCCAGCAGCCCAAUGCUCUGCCCUCGCUGAACCAGGGCUUUGACAACCGCUUAAGCUUCGAGGCGAGCUCACAGCUGAGCGGUUCGCACUUCGACUCGCGACGAAGCAGUGUGGAUAGUCGCAUGAACGCGGGAAUGACGCACCUCGCCAUCAGCCCAGGCUCACCUUACGACAGCCAGAAUGCGUCCCGCGUCUCUCUGGUCUCGAAUCUUCAGCACCAGCGAGGCAUCACCACGGCCGAGCAGCGCCCCAAUGGAACCUCCCCGCUUUCGCCUCUCGGCCCCAGGGCUGGACCACGCGCAAAUCACCCUCCCCGGCGGGCGCCUGUCAUUAACCCGAACCCCAGAAGCGUGUCUGGGAUGCCAGAUCCGAUGGCUGCUGCUCCGACCAAAGGUUAUGCCUGGGCUUUCCCGGCCGAGCCUGAAGACAGAAGAGGAUCCAGCAGUGGUGAGUCUAGCGUUGGACAUUCUGGUCCAUCACGCCAGAACAGUUUCGCCGCAUCUGUCAAUAACAUCCCCACUACCCAUCACCAUUCGAUGCAACACCGCAGUGUGACGAACCUCCAGACUGCGGAACCGCCGAGUGCCGCGGGCAGCGGAAACUACAGCCGAACCCCGGAGCUCCGGGUGAGCCAUAAGAUGGCCGAGAGGAAGCGUAGGAGCGAGAUGAAAUCACUAUUUGAUGAGCUCAAUGGCAUUUUACCUAAUUCUCCUGGGAGCAAGUCCAGCAAAUGGGAGAUUCUGACCAAAUCUAUUGAGUACAUCAAGAACCUGGGGCGAGCCCAUGAACUCGCACGCGCUGAGAAUGCUCGAUUACGGCCCGACGCCGAAUAUUGCCGCCGAGCACAAGAGGAGAGUGAGUUGUUGCGUAAUGAGUUGGCGGCGGUAUGGCAACACCUUCGUCGCCUCGAGCCCGGCAACCCGCACGUCUACGGAAGCAUGACCGGCAUGCUGGCGCAGCAAUAUGCGAAUACGCCCUCGUCGACGACAAAUGUACUACCGCCCCUUCAGCCACAGCAACCCCAGCCAGCGCCGGCACAACCUUCGCAAUGGGGAGCUCCCGCUCCGAGUGCGAUGCAGGGAGUCGAGUUCGGUGGCGCUCGAGCAUAUGAGCACCCGCAUCGCUAGCCGUUAAUUCCCACCGUUCAACACCAUCCAUCCAAAGACGUACUAAUGCUUCGAUAUUGUCCUCUGUACAAUAGCAUAUUUCCUGCAUCCUCCACGACUCGCGGAUUUUGUCGCAUAUACCUCACACCUGAAAAUCGUCCGACACGACGCUAAUUUCCUUCGGUCACGAACGGCCGCGUUCUGUUACAACAACUACCCAGGCGUCUCCGCAUGGCUAUUUUCAUUUGUUAUACCAAAAGAGGAGGGAGCGGCAGGCAUGUGAUUCUGGCGCUAGGUAAAGAGUGGGAAAGGGCACAGGCAGGCAGCUGCUGUCCGUCGGAUCGCGCCUUCUGCGACCUAUUUUUCGGGAUAUCCAAGGUAUUU